AUGGGCUCCGUCUCCUCUGCGCUGACGCGGUCUCGCAACGCCGUGGUGCAGCUGGGCUCGUCGCCACCGCAGCCCGAGGCGCCACCGGCUGCUCCCGCUGUUCGCAGAGACCCAUUCGCGCUCCCCAAUAGCUGGAGGCCCGGACCCGGGCGGGGAGAGACGCCCGCCCCUCCCGCAGCCUGGGAGGCGCAGUCCGCCGCGCGGAGCCCGGAAGGGCGCCCGAAGUUGGCGAGUGCGGAGCUGUCCCCGGUGCUGAAGCGUGCAGAGAGUAUGUCUCAGACCUACUUGCCCCGAAGCCUCAGCGAGGCGGUUGCAAAUGAAGCCGGAGACAAGAAUGCCAGACCACUUGCCCGUUUCUCCCGGUCUAAGUCACAGAACUGUCUGUGGAAUUCCCUCAUCGAUGGGCUCACAGGGAAUGUCAAGGAGAAGCCACGGCCAACGAUCGUACAUGACCCCCGACCACCGGAGGAAAUCCUAGCUGAUGAAUUGCCGCAGCUGGACAGCCCAGAGGCCUUGGUGAAGACAUCUUUCAGGUUACGGUCUUUGGUCAAACAAUUAGAGAGAGGGGAGGCUUCAGUGGUAGAUCUUAAGAAGAAUUUGGAAUAUGCCGCCACAGUUCUUGAAUCUGUAUACAUCGAUGAAACCAGGCGACUCCUGGAUACGGAGGAUGAACUCAGUGACAUUCAGUCAGAUGCUGUGCCUUCGGAGGUCCGAGACUGGCUGGCGUCCACCUUCACGCGGCAGAUGGGGAUGAUGCUUAGGAGGAGCGAGGAGAAGCCCAGGUUCAAGAGCAUCGUCCACGCAGUGCAGGCUGGGAUAUUCGUGGAGAGAAUGUAUAGACGGACAUCAAACAUGGUUGGACUGAGCUACCCACCAGCUGUGAUUGAAGCAUUAAAGGAUGUGGACAAGUGGUCCUUCGAUGUCUUUUCCCUCAAUGACGCCAGUGGGGAUCACGCACUGAAAUUCAUUUUCUAUGAGUUACUCACACGCUAUGAUCUGAUCAGCCGUUUCAAGAUCCCCAUUUCUGCACUCGUCUCUUUCGUGGAGGCCCUGGAAGUGGGAUACAGCAAGCACAAAAACCCCUACCACAACCUGCUGCAUGCCGCCGACGUGACGCAGACCGUGCACUACCUUCUCUACAAGACAGGAGUGGCGAACUGGCUGACAGAGCUGGAGAUCUUCGCUAUAAUCUUCUCAGCUGCCAUCCAUGACUAUGAACAUACCGGAACCACCAACAAUUUCCACAUUCAGACUCGGUCUGAUCCAGCUAUUCUGUACAAUGAUAGAUCUGUACUAGAAAAUCACCACUUAAGUGCAGCCUAUCGCCUUCUGCAAGAAGAUGAGGAGAUGAAUAUUUUGAUCAACCUCUCAAAGGAUGACUGGAGGGAGUUUCGAACCUUGGUAAUUGAGAUGGUGAUGGCCACAGAUAUGUCCUGUCAUUUCCAGCAAAUCAAAGCAAUGAAGACAGCUCUGCAGCAGCCAGAAGCAAUUGAAAAGCCAAAGGCCUUAUCCCUUAUGCUGCAUACGGCAGAUAUUAGCCAUCCGGCAAAAGCAUGGGAUCUCCACCACCGCUGGACGAUGUCACUCCUGGAGGAGUUUUUCAGACAGGGUGACAGAGAAGCGGAGCUGGGGCUGCCUUUUUCUCCUCUGUGUGACCGAAAGUCAACCAUGGUUGCCCAGUCACAAGUAGGUUUUAUUGAUUUCAUCGUGGAACCCACCUUCACUGUGCUCACAGACAUGACCGAAAAGAUUGUGAGUCCAUUAAUCGAUGAAACUUCCCAAAGUGGCGGCACAGGACAGAGGCGGUCAAGUUUGAACAGCAUCAGCUCAUCAGAUGCAAAGCGAUCAGGUGUUAAGAGCUCUGGGUCAGAAGGAAGUGCCCCGAUCAACAAUUCCGUCAUCCCUAUUGACUAUAAGAGCUUUAAAUCUACUUGGACCGAGGUGGUACACAUCAACCGGGAGAGAUGGAGGGCCAAGGUGCCCAAAGAGGAGAAGGCCAAGAAGGAAGCAGAGGAAAAGGCUCGCCUGGCCGCGGAGGAGAAACGAAAGGAGAUGGAAGCCAAGAGCCAGUCCGAGGAGGGCGCAGCCAGCACAGCCGAGAAGACGACAUCUGGAGACGCCAAGAACCAAGUCAAUGGAACGCGCACAAACAAAAGGGACAACCCUCGGGGGAAGAAUCCCAAAGCUGAGAACUCCUCUGGAGAAAAGCAGCAGAACGGUGACUUGAAAGAUGGUAAAAAUAAGACAGACAAGAAGGAUCACUCCAAUGUCGGAAAUGACUCAAAGAAAACAGAUGAUUCAGAAGAGUAGAAAAGACCUCACAUACAGUAAAAGAGGCUGCCAGUGUUUUGCAUC